GAAACACAGCCAGAUCCAGACGCAAUGCCGAAACAUUUUCUUCCGCACCGGUAAGUCCGCCAAAACACAUUGGUCGUUUCGAAACCAUUUGAACCAACAACAUCUAAUUUUUUGUCCCGCGCGCGCGAUAUUAUUCAUCUUCUUCUCACGAAAUGAAGGCGUCUCUGAAGGUUCGAUACGAACUUGACAAAGCCGCCCCCGCAACCACCGUCGCCGUCACCGUCGGCGAUGUUAAGUUUCGAGCCUCCAUGACUGACACCACUAUUAUCAACGGGCCCAGCUUAAACGGCUUAGGUUUAGCUGUUGAAAAACCCGGCUUCCUCAUCGUUGACUACAACGUCCCCAAAAAGGACUUGAGGUUUCAGUUUAUGAACACAAUCAAAGUGUCGGGAAAAGCGUUGAACUGGACUUACAUUCGGAGUAGGAGUGAUGAUCGGACAAUAUUGGAUGGAACGCUAGUGUUCGAUUCGGCUAAUAAGAUAUCGGCGAAUCACGAGCUUGGUUCUAGGAAUUGCAAGUUGAAGUACUCUUAUGUGCACGAAGGUUUGAUCACUUUUGAACAGGGCUAUGAUACGGCGAAGAAAUCGUGGGAUUUCGCAGUGUCGCAGAGGAUUCAUGGGGACGAUGUGCUUAGGGCUUCGUAUCAGACUUCGAGUAAGGUUUUGGGCAUCGAGUGGUCGAGGAAUUCUAAGUUAAAUGGAACUUUUAAGAUUUCAGCAUCCUUCAAUAUGGCAGAUGAACUUGAAAACCCAAAAUUAAGCGCGGAGAGUACGUGGUCCGUGGGGUUUUGAAAUGUGAUUUUUCUGGUUUCACUUGUCUACUGCAACUACACAAAUUUGGACGAAUAGUUUUCCAUUGUUGGGGUUACACAAUGGCCUCUGAGAUUCAUUUGGCCAUUAAAUGCUGUUUGUACCUACUAGUGAGCUUUUAUCUGAUCGCCAUUACUAUGGCCGGCUAUAUGUUUGCCAUCAGUACGUUGAUUUCAUUUGAGGCACGAACUUUUGGCCCCUAAUGUUGAGAAUUUGUUGCAGUUUUUAUUUGUUUCCUUUGCUUUUGGGUCAUGGUGCAGUCCUUGCG